CACUUGUUCAAGAUAGCAACUGAGCUAGUGAAAAUACAACAUCCAUAUGAAAACGCAGCGCAACUCCAACGUGGCACAGCGAUGAUCCGCGCAGCGGUUGCCAUUUUGGCGAUGGCAAAUGAAUCUACCCCACAACCGGAAGCUUCGUGAGUGGUCAUCAUGGUGGAUGUCCAGUAUUCACGCAGUGCGCGAGCUAGUUGCCGCCACGUCACGUAUGCAUGAGAAGCUGCAGCUUAUCACUUCUAUGAAUCGAACACCGAAGGAUGUUGACGAUUGUAUUCGGUGCGCAUCUGCCAAUGGGAAAACGGAUACCAAGUCGAAUUUCAUACUUCCACGAAUAUAUACGGUCAUCCACCAGCAUGUCAAUGACAUGUCAUUGCCUAUAUUGGACUCAUCCCAGCGCUGCAUCCGAUGUUCGAUCGCCUUACGAACGAAGCUCUCCCUGACGAGCCCUCCCCUUACGAGGGUCUAUCGUUGCCUGCAUACAGCCCGUUUGCAGACGAGAUUGGCACCGUUUUCAGCGCAAUGCUCAGGAGAAGCCAUAACGCAGAGAUUACUGCAAAGACGAAUUUGCGAUUCCCGACAGCAGAGCUGGCUGGCGGCCGCAUCAUCAUAUGGUGACUAUAUAGGCUAUGAUUGGUAGAAAGGAAUCUGUCUAAUGUCCAGACAUCGCCAUGCUCGUUGACACAAAUGGUUUAUUCAAUGCGCAUCAUCAAAAGACUAACUAAUCUCCUUUGGAAAUGACCGGACCGGCUCUUAGUUCAAAAGACAAGCAUAGCUAGAUACCCGAACAUUCAAACUCUCAUAUAUUCUGAUACCCAUCCGAAACAUUACAGUACUAUAUCCUCCUCAUGUUAAGCCAAAAAGUCUGGUUGAUUACUGGUAUGCUUUCCCGUUUAUAAUGAAUUGUUACAUUCAUCCCAUUUCAUGACAGGGACAUCCUCUGGUUUUGGUCGUCGUCUUACAGGCCUUGC